AUGUUAACAGCAGCGUUUUUUACUUACCUUUCGUUUCUUGCGAUGGGUGCAGAGUGCACUGCUGAAGCUAAACACUGGGCUCUGAUUGUAGCGGGCUCCAAUAGUUGGUAUAAUUAUAGACAUCAGGUAAGUUGAAAAUCUAUUCAAGCUUAUUUCUGUUGGUCAGUCCUAGCGCAGUGCAUGAAGCUCUAGUAUAAAAAAAAUAAAGUAAGGCUUUGAUCAGCUAAGCAUUAAGAGGAAUUCACUUAGGUAAAAAAGAUUAACCUUGACUUACAUGUACGACGGGCGCGACCGCAUUCCGCAUUCCAGCCCGGUCGAACGCUUGCAACUCAAUCAGGGAACGUAGGACGAUAGGAAAACGAGUUCCACUUCUACUUCUACUACUAAAUUUCCGGUCUAAUGUAGAAGUUUAUUAAGUGUACGUGUUUUGAAUGUAUAAGAGGAGGGAUCUUCCAGAAUUUCAACUUACAAAAAAAGCUUUGGAAUGAACUUGCGGCUUUAGAUGAAAAUCAGUACAGAUUUACAUUUUUACUGACUACAUGUAAGUUUUCCCAUAUAAUUAAAUUUAAUUGAUGUUAAUGCAUUCAAAAAGAUCUCUUCUUUUGUUCUUGUUCUAUUCACUGAAGUUUUCUCUCAGUCACACAGCACUGGGUAUCGGCCCCCAACCCCUAACCAUUAAGUUACUUGCAUUUUGGCCCUGCUGUUUUUAACAUAUUAGUAAUGAAGCAGCUGAUGAUCACAAGAUGGUUUUGAACUAUAAUACUGUAUGACCUCAGUCAAGUGCUGUAAUGCUUUCUUCCGUAUUGCGUUCUGUAAAAAUGACACCGCAUUUUUGAAUUGCACUGAUCGACUUUUUUGUCAGUGUCUUACAUCUAUGACAAUAAAAUUUAGCGCAUUGAUGAAAUGACACUCUAAUGAUCUGAUAUUAAGAACAAUAUUAUCAAUAUUAAUAUUAAUGAUAAAAAUAUUACAUUUGUACCAAUGGUAGUGACCUUAGUCGUGGAGGCACACUUUGAGGCGCAUGCUGUUGUUAUCAUCAUUACAAGUGGCCCGUCAAGUAUUCAAGUGAGACGAUCCUCUCUUCACAGACAUGACUUGCAUAAAGUGCCCCACAUUUGGGAUGCAGAGACCUUUUUUCAGACAAAUUUAGACAAUUUAGACUGUAAUUUAAUAAUAAAUCUUGGAUGUCGUAAUGCUAUCAUUACACUUGAAAUAAUGGCGGAGUAGAGAGAUAUUUAUCUGUACAAGUGGCAUAUAAAGUAUUUAAGUGGUUUAUUGCUCUCUUUAAAGACAUUACAUCAUAUCAAGUUUUGUGCUCUGCAUUUGGUGCACAGAGACCUGUUUCUGAUCAUCUGCGACAGGAUUAAUAAUUAGUUUAUGAACAGUAAUUAAACCUAAAUGACAAGAGAGUUAAGUGAAGGCUUAGUCGUGUAUAUUGAUGAAAACAUACUUUCUGCAUGGUUUAUUUGUAUUUUAAUUGAAGUUCUGCAAAAAAACACUUUUGGUUUUUUUGAAAGUAAAAUUUUGCCAUAGAAAAUAAAACUUUUAGUUACAAUGAAUUAUUACCUUUCAGUUUAUGAAAAGAAGUGUAAGUCAUUUUUAAUACUGCAAGCCUUCAUUUUUCCUUCAUUUUGUGAUCCAGGGCAGUCUUAUGACUACCCUGUGAGCAGAGACUACAUGUAACUUUUUCACACUGUGAAAUCCACCAUACAUGUAUAAUUAUUUUACUGAAAAUACUUACUGCACUACAUUCAAUACAACAUUUUGAAGGUUCAGAGAGAGAACGUGAGAGAGAGAGAUUUUUUGUGUAGUAUGUAGAUAUAUUUACAUGUGAAGGCAUGUACAGGGUGGCCAAGCAGUUAACCCCUCAAACUCCUCAUAUGGGUGUCCGGGGUUCAAGCCUCGCCUGUCACGGUGUUCCCUUAGACAAGGAACUUUACUACACUUUUUCUCUCUUCACCUAGGUGUAUAAAUGGGUACUGGCUACAUACUGCUAGGGGAUAACCCUGCGAUGGACUAGCAUCCCAUCUAGGUGGGAGUAGCAAUACUCUUAGGCAUGAUUCAUGCUAGUUAUGAGUCCGGGAUAAGCUUGUCUGGCUGUCUGUGCCUUUGGCUUGUGUGCACCUUUACCUUUAAGUUUAUGUAUUCAGAUGCGAUUUUACCAUCUGAUAAUAUCAGAAUUUAGACCUAAAAGUUUCCUUUUCUCACUGUGCUAGGCGGAUGUAUGUCAUGCCUACCAAAUUCUCCACAAGAAUGGUAUCCCUGAUGAGAACAUUGUGGUCAUGAUGUAUGACGACAUCGCUCACAACAAAUUGUAAGUGUGGAAUCAACAAAAAGGUGACAUAUAUGUGUAAGCUUUUUUUUAUUUCUUGGUGUAAACACUUUCAGCCCUAACAGUCAUGGCAAAAGGAAAAAUCACAAAAAAACAGAUCGAUAAUUUUUUUUUCUUUUUGUGAAAUUUAUUUUCUGAGAAAUAAAUAGUAUUGUGCAGAAGUAGAGUGAUUUUACUUAAUGUCCUGUGAAAUAGGUAGUAGAAUACUACGCACUAUUUUGCACUAAAUCCAUUGUCCUUGUUGUUUACCUCUUGCUACCUGUAUUUUGCAGUAUUUUUUUGGUACACUGAACAUGUAUCUGUUUUACGGUUCAGGUAAAAAAAUCACUUUAUUAUAAGAGAUUCAGAUUUGUGCCCUCUUAUGUUUUCGUACCCAGCAAUCCAACACCUGGAGUCAUCAUCAACAAGGUACAUGAAUACUUUCAGUUUAACACUAUAAUUGAACAUUUUAGUUACCACAGAAGGGCUGAAUGUAGCCUUCACCAUAGAUGGAACAAAACCUCUGGGCUGGGGUCAAUUUAAUAAUACUUUUACAAGUGUAAUUUAGGAGUGUAGCCAUUGCUUUCAGACUCUAAAACAAUGGCUACACUUGUAAAUUUUGUAAAAGUUGUAUUAAAUUGAACCCUGGUUAAGAACAUCUACAAAGCAGCACCAAAAUCCUUGUUUUGGGCCCCACUUGUGUACCAGAAUUUGAUUAUGUACCGCCUGUUAAAAAAAAGGCAUUAGGGAAAUUUGAAAUGCAUUUCCUUGAGUCCAUUGGGGGCUCAGAACAAGGACAUCAAUUUUAUUCUACUAAGCGGGGUUAGAUUAUGCCUGCAACAGAGGCUAUAAGGCUGCAUUAAUCCAAGGUAAUAAUAAUAAUAAUAAUAAUAAUAAUAAUAAUAAUGAUAAUAAUAAUGCAUUAUGUUCAAAGUUAUAAUAAAUUAUUGCAGUAAUUCAUUACAUUGUUAUGUAUAGCUGUAUCAUAUAACCUUAGACAUAAGAAGCAUAGAGCAGGUGGUCUCAUACUAACACAUGUUAGUUUAUGCUUACAAUAAUUUGUAUAUCGUGGUUGUAGUUAGUAGUGCACAGGCUUCCUACUGUAUGUCUGUGCAUGCCUGUCCUUAUGCUGUUAAUAGUGUUGAUCAUUAAAUGAACAAAUUUUGUUCCUGCCUUAAUUCUUUAAAGGUUAAUUAUUCUCUCUUUCACGGAUAAUAAUAUUUGUUUUUUUUUUGUUUGAAAUCAGCCUGGGGGAAAAAAUGUGUACCAAGGAGUACUAAAAGAUUACACAAAAGAGGUGAGAGUGAUUUUGCAAUAUCAGUUUGAAUACUAAGGUGCAAGUGGUCAGGCCAUUUGGCAUUUUCUUGUGGUUGAUACCUGAACUUCUCUUUACAGAUUACCCACUAAGUAAGGUUACAACUGGUAGUUUGUUUGAAUUCUUGUGGGAGAUGCCUAUCCUAUACACAGAUUACUCACCUAGGGUGCAACUUUUUUACCAAGGGAUGUAGGGCUUGGCUGCUGAGGAAAAGCUAAGCAGUCUUAAUAUUUAUUGUUUCCUGGAGCAAUUUCAGCCAGCUGUAACCACUCUUCAGUCGGUGAAGUUUAGCAAAAUCCCUGGCAACUGGUAGCCCUGUUGAGUGCUGCUGGGUGAUGCCUGCCCUGUGCACAGACCAUUUACCUAAGGUGCAACUAACAACCCACAAAAAUUCUUGUGAUUGUGGUUGAAAACAAUGUUGUCUUGGGAAAAUCAAUUCUUAAUUAUAUGCCUUUUUUAUUUUAAUCUGAAAUUUUUAAAGGAGGUGACUCCAAAAAACUUCUUAAACAUCCUAAAAGGAAACAAGGAAGCCAUGAAGGGCAUCGGCAGUGGUAAAGUGAUUGACAGGUGUGUAAAAUUUAGUUGAAAGGAAGUGAAAUGUGUAAAGAAAACCAUAGAAUCAUCCUCCAUUUACAAGCUUCAGUGGGAACAGACCUACCCAAGACAGGACAGACUGAAACUGGACUCAAACAGUGUAGGUCCCCUAGGGCUCCAAAAAAUUUCUGGAGAGUCUCCGGACAUGAUGACCAGCCAAAUUCAUUUUAGCUCGGUCAAGUGUCGUUUCUGGUCAGUCAAAUUUAUUGGAUAAAUAACUCAUCAAACAGGGGCCUGUGAACCAAAACUGGCAUUAUAUAUUUCCAAAAAAGUGGUUGCUUAGAGCCUACAGAACUUUAAAGCACUCAUUGUCAAUAAUGAAAAUAAAUUAACGUACACAUUGAAUUUGUUGGGUGCCUCCAAAUAUAAUGAUUUCUGUUUGACAGUCCGUAUCACAGUGUGAGAUCUUGAUCCUAGAACUCCACUGGUAAUCCAAGUUACUCCCCAUUACAGCAAAAGAAAUUUUUUUUUCCUAUCGAGAAAAUUAACUAAUAAAAGUGAAAAUGUUUUCAAUUUUGUGCACCCAGGAUUUCAGAUCAAAGUUCAUCAAUACACAGCUACUGGCUACGCACUGAUAACAACCGAACAGCACGAUCAGAUAUGACUGGUCAACAUGAUCGGCAAGACAAAAGGUUGACCGGUCAACUCCCCAAUCAGUCCGGACAUUGUCCGUUGACCAGCCAUUAUUUCGAGCCCUGGUCCCAUGCAACCAAGUGCAGCCCAUACAUGUAGGAAAUCCCACAACCUAAUGGCAGACAAACAAAGGAGUAAAGCUGUACUCUAACAGCACCCAGUGGCCCCUUGUACCUAACUCGUGCUCCUGGGUGACUAGAAAAUCUUAGUUUUCUCAUAGUAAGAACUGUUAUGCCAGGCACCCUGAAAUUUAGCAGGGUUAGAGCACGGGCUCCCUUUAAUUUUUCUUAGAGCAUAGGCUUCACUUGCAGGAGUGGACUUUGCCAGAGAUUUGUUACGUUCUGGGUGGGUCGUUGACAUCUCAAGUGAUUCAGAUCUUUGACUUUGUUACUGAAUCAUUCAUUUUUUAAUUGGUUUAUUUUUUAGUGGACCCAAUGAUCAUGUUUUUGUCUACUUCACUGAUCAUGGUGCGCCAAACCUUAUUGCUUUUCCAGACAGCGUGGUAAGUUGAACUAAAAAGGAAAAUAAAAUAAAAUAAUUAUAGUGAUGUAUUAUUAUUAUUAUUAUUAUUAUGUAAUAUUCCAGGUGAAAUUAGUCCUGAAUAGGACUGUCGUUGUUGACAGUGACUGACGUUUCGACAACGUGUACAACAGUCAUCUUCAAAGUGAGUUGUAUCACGUCAGUUGAUGGUAUUCAACUCUGGUUAUUGACUUUAUUGGUCAAUUAAGUCACGAUGCUAUUGGUCGUCUGUUAGUUAAGCCAUAAUGUUAUUUGCUUUGAAGACUUGUAAUGUCAUUGGUGCAAUUAAAUAAUUAUAAUUAUUAUUAUUAAUUACUGUACAGUAACUGUCUGUCAGUUUUUUCAAAGUUUUUGUAUGUUGUUUGUAGCUUGAACUGGGGUACCAGUGCUUGGGAUACAUUAUGCUAGACAGUGUUUACAGUAUUUAAGGUGUUGAAGUACAUAACUGUUAAUUUUUUCACUUUUUUCUAGCUCCAUUCACAAGACUUGUUAGAAGCCAUCAAUUAUAUGCACGAGAAUAAGAAAUUUGCCAGGGUAGGAAAAACAUGUUACAGUUUGUACAUACUGUAGAGGGGGUUAUCCCUUAAUGGAGCUGUUUUGCCUUGUGUCAAGUGCUAGCAUCCUUGUGUGCCUCCAAGUGUGUCAGGGUCUGACUCGCUCUCUCACACUUCCCCUUUGGGUUUAUUCAAGGGCUGUCUUGGCCACACAUCCAUCUAGGCCCCUCACUGCAUGACCAAUAAAUUUUGUUCUUUUAUCUGCUCCGCAAUCAGCCACUGCCCUGCUUGUGUCCACAGCUCUUCAUUUCUGAUUAUUCUGGGCCUCCCAAUCCUCAGGUUGCUCCUUAGGAACCUGUUUAUGUUCACCUGAAACUAAAAGCUUUUCCUGAAACUUCAGUUCCUUUUUUCAGUCGUCAUGCAAUCUCCAAGUUUCUGCACCAUAAAAGAGCACUGACCAUUUGACUCAAAAUUUCUCAAGUUUGUCCUAUUAAUUUUGUCAGUGUUGUGGACCAUUAUGGGGCCUGGAUGUCCUCCUCAGUUUCUUCUUUCUAACUCACAAUAUUCCUAUUAAAAGGUACCUCUUCAAUCUGCUCCCAUGCAAUCAUCAACCUGUUUGGCACUGACACUCAUUUUCUUCUUCUUGGUAACACUGAUUUUUAGACCAACCUUCAUGUACAUUCUGUUCCUCUAAAGCCUGUGUUUUGUCCCUUGUGUUCUGUGUCCUGUGUGACAACAGGGCCAGGCCAUUGGGAAAACAGAUUUUUCUCGGGAUGUUGUGAUCGGGGACCACUGAAUACUAUGCCUCUUUUUAACAUAGGCUGUCCUCCUCACCUAAUCCAGAGUGACGAAAAAUAGCAAGGGUGACUGAGUAAGCAACCUCGUCCCACGUUUGUUCUCGUGCUCAAUGGUGUGGAAUUCUACAUGUAACCAUCAAGCAUAACCUGCGUUAAAAAACCCUUCUACAGUACUCUAAUGAUAGUGACUUUCUUAUUACAGGAAUUCCAUAGUGUCACAAUUUUCCAUAAGUUAAAGCAAUUUAUAUAAUGUUAAAUGAAAAUCAAAGUUAACAUAGUUGACAUGGCACUGAAUAAUAAUCUGACUUGAGUUCUGUUACGUUUUUAAAUUUAUUCCUGGUCACUAGAUGGUGUUUUACCUAGAAGCAUGUGAAUCAGGCUCCAUGUUUGUGAAACUUGAAAAAGAUAUCAAUGGUAUGUUGACCUCCAGUCUGACAUAUUUAAUAAUAAUGCAAUAUUUUUAAAAUAACACAACUGCCCUUGAUAUUACUCUAAAAGCAUAGGCACAUGUUUUCGUAAUGUGAACUGUCAUGCAAAAAUAGAAAAUUUAACAGUUGUCAGUAGUGGCUGUUUUUCGCAGGCUAGUUCACAGUGCAAAAAAAUGUAGCCUCUGCUCAUGGGGUAGCUGGCCUUAAUAGUGCUUGUCAGUACUGUAGGCUGGUCUGAUAACCAGCUAGAAGAUUAGGCACUUAAGUGAAGAAAUUUGAUUGUUUUAUUGGCAUUUUCAUAGUAUGCUGAGCCGUUAAGUGUGCUGGUGUUCUAUUUUCUCUCAAGUUGUAAUAAAACAACCUAUAUACAUAAUUUAUAAUUAUCGUGAUUUCUCUCUUCUGGCUAGCAGUCCUCAAAUAUCCUUUUCUAAUAGCUUUUUGCAUCUUUCAAGAUUGCUGUAAAUCUAAUUUAUAUUACGUAAAUGAAAAUUAGCCACUCGGAAACGGGCUGAAAUAUUUUGAAUAACAUAAAAUUAUAAAUAAUUCAAACUAUACCUUAAUUAUAUUUUCCCAGAAAUUGCUUUUUCUUUCUUUUUUUCUAUUUUUUUGCUAUGCUAGUGUUUGCAACCACAGCUGCAAAUCCUCAUGAAUCCUCUUACGCCUGCUACUAUAGUAAGAAAUACCAGACGUAUCUUGGAGAUGUGUACUCUGUUAAAUGGAUGGAAAACUCUGACAAGGUAUUUUUUAACAAAAAAAGAUAUAUAUUACAAAAUAAUUAAAUUUCUUGUUUCAACCAUGAAGGUACUUUAAGGUUGUUUUGAAUUCUUCUGCAGUCAUACUGCAUUACUAGAAUCAACAAGAACACUCCUAAAAGUGUUAAGUCUCGCUUGCUUGGAGAUAGAUAAGAAAUGAGGAGGCAAUUAAUUCUACAUGAAACAGGGUCUCCUUGCAAAAAGUUUCUCAUGUCCUACAUGUACUUUAUCAGUGGUCGAGUAUUCUUCAGGCUCCAGUUGUUCAAAUGCUGGAUAGCUAGUGCUAUCAACCAGAUAAAUUACUAUCCUGAGUGGAUAAAUAUUAGGGAAACCAAUUUGCCCUAUCCACUGGGUAGAGAUUUAUCAAGUGGAUAGCAUUAUCCACCUUUCAAACAACUGGGCCCAGGAUAAUUAUUUACUUUUUAUAUCAUACUCGAAAAUUUGUUUCUGAAAAUUUAUCAAAAAUAGUAUGCAUGUAUAAAUACACAACAAUUAAUGGCCUUGAUUCGAGAGAAAUUACAUAAUUGCCAAAGAACGAAAACGUGGUGGACAUGACGAGUGUCAUUUCAACCAUUGCUGAAAAAAACUGCAUGCUCAUCACAAGACUGAUUGGCAGAGAUGACAUUUGUAAUGAUGUCAUUACCCUCGCGCUGAUUGGCGGAAAUCUGAUGCGUGAUAGCUCAGUUGACAGGGAGCCACGGGGAAGUGGAGGUGGAAUUCAAAUUCCAGAGAUGUAGUUGCGAAGCUCUCCUUCCUUUUCUCACCCUGCCACUAGAGCACCGCGCCAAGCUUGCUCUCAGGCUAACCAGCUAGCCUUGCUUUAGUCUUGCUACUAAAGCAAGCAAGACUAAAAAUUAUAAUUUCAAACUCAGGGUUACAUGGCAAGGCCCCGGGUGCCUCCUGGCCUAAUAUGCCACAUUCUUCGGUCCUUUGUUUUACAAUGUUUACUAGGUGGUUUUCCAGAAGAAGUAUCUUGGUGUUUAUCAGAAAUUAUUUACUAGAAGGGCUAUUUUAUAAUAAUGAUGAUGAUGAUUUGAAGGUAGCACAUCCACAAAGUGGUUCUUCGUCUACCCGAUUCCUGAUCAAAUUGGAAUUUGGAAAUGUUGGUUUUUGAGGAGAGGGGAAAACUGGAGUACCCGGAGAAAAAACCUCUCACAGCAAAGGAGAGAACCAACAACAAACUCAACCCACAUUUGGCAUCGACGCUGGGAUAUGAACCCAGGACACAUUGGUGGGAGAGGCAAGCGCUCUCACCACUGCGCCAUCCCUUGCUCCCCACCAGCCUGUCAAAAGCAAUAUUUUUAUCCACCAAUGCUGGCCCUUUUUGCAUACCUUAACAUGUUGAUCUGUUUGUUUCUCUUUAGGAACAUCCAACAUCCUGAUCAUUUCAGGGAUGAUAAUUAUUAUGUCUGGACAUUUUGCAGGUUGAUCUCAGUGAGGAGUCUCUUUUGAAGCAAUUUGAAAUUGUUAAAAGGGAGACAAACACCAGUCACGUUCAGAAAUAUGGAGACAUGGUUAGUAAUCUUAAUAAUAUUUGAGAUUUUCAUUUUUGUACAACAGACUUAAUUUACACUGUAAUAACAAGCUCCAAGCCUUUAGUAAGCCAUGGUGACGGAAUGAAGAGAUACUCAUGUAGAAGUGGCAAUAGUGAGUCAAACUGUUGAUCGAAGACAGGUUGGAUGUCACAACUGUGUUCAUAUUGAUGUUCAGUCACCCUUAAUUGAAGGGGUGCAUGGCUCAAGUCUCCUUUUGAUUAACAAGAAUAUCCAAUGCACAUUGAAAGGAGACUCUCACUUUUUUUUUUCAGAAGUCGCUUGAGGUUUUAUUCCAGGUACAUGUACCUCCUCAAAAGUCUUCAGUGCACUCUGUUUUAAAAUAUUGCCUAAGUUUAUGAUGAGAUUUUCUCAGCAGUCAGUAAAAUUUUCGAAUAGUGAAAAAAUUAUGAAUCUGAGUUCUAGAUGGGACACUCUAACCACUGAUUGCGCCACUGGAACUCAUAUUUUUUGUGUUCUAAAACACGGUAUGAUGGCCAUUGUAAAAUGGAUCGACUUCCUAUAAAGAGAUUUUUACCAAUUACAAUCGAUGAUCAAUCAAGUGGGUCAAUCUGAUUAUUUCUGAUGAUUGAUUAUGAAAUCUCAGCCGAAAACAUUCCUCAAAACAGUCAAGCCUCCAGCCCAGAUUAGUCAGAGAAAACGGUUGUACAUGUAUCUCACUGUUUUGAAAUUCCUUAAUUUGCAAUAUAUUAUAGGCAUUUGACCAUGAAGACUUAGAUGACUAUCAAGGUGAUGGACAAGGGAAAUCUUCUGGAAUUACACCAGAAGAGUACAGAAGUGAACCAAUUGUAAGUCAAACACUAUAAUGACAUUAUUGUAUCAUUAUGCAUUAUUUUUCUGAUAGUUAUUAAGUCAUCAUCAUCAUCAUGCAUGCCAGUAGGCGCGUAGGCCUCCACGCUGUCUGACCAACACUUUCUGUCUCAUGCAACUCCUUUAGCGACUUUCCAGUUCUUCCACCCUGCUUUGUUUCACUCUUUUUUGUUUUGGUCCAGGUUUCAGAAAUUCUGGAUAUCGGUCAAAUUUUGUUGUCUGUGUGUUUUGUGUCACAGUCCAUUAAUACAAGAAUAUUCAGCCAUCAUGUCAUUGACCAAACUGUCAUCAAAUUAAUGCUUUCUUGUGUUCUCGACUGGAACAAAGCUGGCAGUCCCAAGAAGGUUGGAUAGACCCAUCUCAUCCGUUCAGGAGCCAAUCAGAAUGGAUUGAAGAUUCACUUCAUCUCUUCCUGUCACAUAGUCAGCCAUUAUAGAGCGUUUUCAUUCACAUGGCCAGCAUCUAUACAAAUUUAUCCCUCGCUUUCUUUAACAAAUGUAUUCUUCUCAGGUCGAGGGUGUCCUAAACAAACCUUACGGUUGUAUCGACGUCAAAGUAACAUAACCUUGUGGUUGUACCGACGACACUGCUGUACACUUUUGCCAGAAAAAUAAUUGAUUACAUGGCUGCUUAGGAUUUCCUGUGUUGGUCCAGCAAAUAAAAGUUUUUGGGGGGGCCAUAUGAAGGGCCAGGCCCAAAAUAUUUGGAGAGGAACUCAAAUCACAAGAAGGCACUUUUGUUUAUUAUUAUUUGUUGAACAUUCCCUUACUUAGGUGAAUUUUUUUCCGUUAUUUGUUUGAUCAUGUAAUAAAUGUAUAGCCAACUUCAUGCCCUGCAAUGCUUACCUACAUGGACUAAUGAAGUUUGUUUGGCAAUUUUAGACUGAUGCUGUUCCUGCUCCAGAUGUCCACCUUAACAUUCUCCAGAACAGGUUAAAAGAUGCAAAAUCUGAUGAGGAGGAAAUGAGGAUUGCCAAAGAAAUAGAAGAUCUAAUUGAGGUGUGUGAGUCUCUUAGU